UAUUUACAAAUUACAAUACUGCAAUUCUUAUUCUUCUGCGAUUUUCCUACAUUUGCUUAUUUUUGUUAAAAUAAAAAAUUGUAUAGCUAGGAUUCGUCAAGCUUUCUUUAGUGCAGUAUAAACCAGUUUUCAAUUUGCAUGACAAAAAGAAAUGCCGUUUACGACGACAAAUAAUCGUUUGGAGGAGGAUGGGGAUUCUGACUCGGGGUCAGAUUCAUCUUCAAUCGGAGGAUCAGGUUCCGGUUCUGCCAACAGUUCCAGAGCUUCGUCUCCGGCAGCUCGUAGGAGCAGUAGGUCUCGGUCAAAGAGCCCUUCUGUCAAGUCGGGAAAAUCAAGAUCACCAAGUGAGUCACCCGUAUCAACACGGAAAUCUGGGGGGUCCAGGUCGGGUAGUGGGUCACCAAUGUCAGUAAAGUCCGGAGGUUCGAGAUCGGAGCGAAGUGGCUCCCCUGUAGCGUCGUCAUCCAAGAAAUCAAGAUCUCGUAGUGAAACGCCAAUGUCCGCAAAGUCUGGCUCACGUUCAAGGAGCGGUUCGCCAAAUUCAGGGAAAUCUGGGUCCAUGUCACGUGACGGAAGUCCUGCGUCUGCAAAAUCUGGACAUUCUAGCAGAUCUCGAAGUCGGAGCGGCAGUCCAGCCUCAAGAUCUAAGAAAUCUGAUCGAGGGAGCACAAGCCCAGAUACAAGAAAGACUAAGAAAAAACAAAAGUCCAAAUCAAAGAUUUUAUCUGAUGACGAGGAAAUGAAUGGUGACGAGGAUGUGCCAGCAGCAGCAUCAUCUGAUAUAUUUGGAGAUGCUGAUGAUAUUAGUUCAGGAUCGGAUGCAGAAGCAGAGAAAAAGGUUUCCAGAAAAGUAAAUCCAGAUGAAGCAGAAACUAAAGACGAGGAUGAUGAUGCAAUGCAGAUUGAUGAAGAUCAGACAAAGGAUGACGAUGCUAAAUCUGACGCUGGUGGUGGUGGAGGUUCAGAUGAAGAAAAAGAAGAACCACUACCUGAAACUAGAAUUGAUGUAGAAAUUCCUAAAAUUACAACGGAUUUAGGAAAAAAUAUACAUUUUGUAAAGUUACCAAACUUUUUGUCUGUCGAGACUCGACCGUUUGAUUCAAAUACUUAUGAGGAUGAAAUAGACGACGAGGAAACGUUGGACGAGGAAGGCCGUGCAAGAUUAAAGUUAAAAGUAGAAAAUACAAUUCGGUGGCGUGAAAGAUUUAAUGAGAAAGGAGUUUUCGUGAAAGAAUCUAAUGCAAGAUUUGUGAAAUGGUCUGAUGGAUCGAUGAGCUUACAUCUUGGGAGUGAAAUUUUUAACGUGUAUAGCCAACCCCUCCAGGGUGAUCAUAAUCAUUUAUUUAUUCGGCAAGGAACCGGUCUUCAAGGACAAGCAGUCUUUCGCACCAAAUUAACCUUUAGACCACACUCAACAGAAUCAUUCACACAUAGAAAAAUGACCCUAUCUCUGGCAGAUAGGUCUCAGAAGACGUCGGGAAUAAAAGUCCUAUCUGGCCCUGUUGGUCAUAAUCCUGACGCCCAAAGAGAGUUGAUGAUGAAAAAGGAAGAGGACAAGCUUCGCGCUUCUGUUAAGCGUGAAAGCAAGCAAAGAAGGGUUCGAGAACGGGCUGCAGGUGGAUCAGGAAGAGGAUUAUCCGCAAGUUAUUUGGAACAUGACUAUGAUGAUGACGAUGAUGAGAAUGCAAUUUCUAUUUCGGCAAUCAAAAAUCGGUUUAAGCCAGGUGGGAGUGGAGGAGCCAAGAGCAAAUCUCACAUUUACUCGAGCGAUGAUUCUGACGAUGACGACGAAGAUGAUGGAUUUAGAGCCAGGAAAUUGGAGAAGGCAAAACGGCUCAAGGACUCUGACGAGGAAGAAGAAGAUGAUAAGGCUGGCAGUGAUACUACUACUAGAAAAUCUGGUGGUGGUGGUAGUCCACACAGUGCUAGUGGAAGUGAUUAGAAAAUUAGAAUUAAACAAAAAUAUUUACAAGUUUAUUUUACAUUCAGCGUCAAUUUGUACAAAAUUUGUUUCAAAUAGAAUACAUUAAAAGGACAUUAAUAAUAAGUG